GUUGAUCUCAACUGCUGACUUCACCUGCGAUGAGUGACGCUGAAGAGGCAACUGUACUCGGGAAACGCGCCCGAACAGACGACGGCGUGGAGGCGGGGGCCGGUGCAUCUAAGCAUAUGGACGCGGAAGAAGAUUCUGACGAUGAACUUGGUCCCAUGCCCUUACCAGCGGACGCGGAAGGGACGGUCAAAAAGAAGAGAAAAGUUCUCCCUCAUGAAAAGUUGUACCUCGACCAUCUUCCUGACGCCGACCAAUACUACAAGAGUUUCAUGCACCGGGAUACCAUAAGCUUUACUUUCGUAACCAAGACGGAUUUCAUCAUCACGACCUCGAUCGACGGACACCUGAAGCUGUGGAAGAAGCAGGACGCGGGCAUCGAAUUUGUGAAGCACUACCGCGCCCACCUUACCCCCAUCACUGCAGGCUCGGCCAGUGCUGACGGGCAGCUCUUUGCUACCGUUUCGGAGGAUGGAACUGCGAAGGUGUUCGAUGUGGUCAACUUCGACAUGAUCAAUAUCAUUCAAUUGGGCUACACACCGCACUCGUGUUGCUGGGUCCAUCGGCGUGGUCAAGCACAAGGAUUGCUUGCCGUCUCGGACUCAUCUUCGGGAACCAUUCGUCUAUAUGACGGCCGAGGCAAUGAGACGCCGCUAGAAACGAUCUCUAAUCUGCAUCGCUCCCCAGUCCAUGUCAUGACUUACAGUGAUCGCUAUGAUACGGUUGUUUCGGCUGACGAACAAGGCUUUGUCGAGUACUGGCGGCCCACAGAGCCAUUUGAAGCUCCGAAAAACGUCCCCGGCAUGUGGGCCUACAAGUCGGAAACAGAUCUCUAUGAGUUCAAAAAGUCCAAAGCAACUCCGACAUGCAUUACGCUCAGUCCGGACUCUUCGUCAUUCGCUACUUUUUCUUUGCCCGACCGCCAGAUCCGGGUGUUUUCUUUCCUUACGGGAAAACUGACCCGUCGAUACGACGAGUCUUUGCAGGCGAUCCAAGAGAUGCAGCAGGCCGGGACGGCGCUCUACAAGGUCGACGACAUGGAAUUCGGACGUCGUCUUGCAGUUGAGAAAGAGCUGGAGCUGCCGGGGCCAGAUGGGCACAUACCUGGUCGCUGGAGCAAUGUUGUCUGGGAUGAGAGUGGCGCGUUCGUGCUCUAUCCGACGCUGCUCGGGCUCAAAGUUGUCAACACGGUGACCAAUCGCGUGUGUCGACUGCUGGGCAAAGACGAGUCGGUGCGGUUCUUGAACGUGUCAUUGUAUCAAGGUGCUCCCGCCAAGAGAGGUUUGACCACGAUUACGAUGGCGGCCUCGUCCAACCCGAUUCUGGCUACCAAGGCUGCUCGGGACCCGACUUUGUUCUGCACGGGCUACAAACGAGCGCGGUUCUACAUGUUCACUCGGUCAGAGCCAGAGGAUACCAAAUCAGGUGACAGAGAUGUGUUCAACGAGCGGCCCACGCGCGAAGAGCAGAAUGUGGCGACGUCUGCUGUGGUCGGGUCGUCCGGGCCGUCUCCGCUCGCCAACUCAGCUACCAUACACACGAGCAUGGGCGACAUGCACAUGCGACUGUUCCCUGCGCAGGCCCCGAAAGCCGUCGAGAAUUUCGUGGGGCACGCCCGCAGCGGGUUCUUCGAGGGCAUCAUCUUCCAUCGUGUGAUACCCAAGUUUAUGAUCCAGACCGGAGACCCGUUGGGAGACGGCACUGGGGGGACAUCCAUCUGGGGCCGCGAAUUCGAGGACGAGUUUUCGGAGGAUCUCAAACAUGACAGGCCGUAUACUGUGAGCAUGGCGAACGCCGGGCCCAAUACCAACGGAUCCCAGUUUUUCAUCACCACGACACUCACUCCCUGGCUCGAUCGAAAGCAUACUAUAUUUGGUCGCGUGAUUUCUGGGCUGGAAGUGCUGCACAACAUCGAGAAUGUGAAAACCAGCCACGCGGACAAGCCUUACGAGGACAUCAAAAUCAUCAGCGUUCAGGUCGAGUAAUCACGUAUUACAUAAUGAUAUCACAAAUGUAACAAGCAGCAACGUGAAGCCCGAAAACGAAAUCCCUGCCUGCUGCCCGCCGUUGGCGUUUUCUCCGGCGCUACUGGACGCAGUUGCGUCGACGUUGAGCACCAAGGGUGCGCUGAGCCCGAUCGUCUGGUUCAGGCAAUCCAAGAGCUUCGUGUCGACUCCUGCAGGAAGGGCAGUGUCUGGGGCGCCCGCGCCCUGGAAGACGGCAGAGUUGUUGUAUCCGUCCAGGCUCAGAGCGAUGCUGCUCGCGCGGUAAUACUGGAUCACCUGCUCUGGCUGGGGUGGUGCUGUCGACGUCUCGUUGUACGGCGACGCGGUAACGCUUGUGGAGGGAACAAGCGAGGACGAGCAAUUGGCUUGCAAGGCGGUGAUGAGUGCGUUGGUCGUGGUGCUGUCGGAGAGGAUCCGGAAGACAGUCACGUUCGGGCCGUUGGAUUGGAAGGCCGCCGUGCUCAUCGCUCCCCCAGGCCGGCUGCUGUUGUCGGCCCGUCCAUACUGCGACGUUAUAAGCUCAUGCGAUCAGGGAACGCAGAGGAAUGAUUCAGACGCACUUCUUGGUUUGAGUGUAGGUGAGGGCGCCCGAAGCUCAAAGGCCAAAAGAAAUACGGGAAUCCGCGCCCAGACACAUCUGCGCCAGACGUCCCGGGAUAUCCGCUUCCAUACGUUCUGGUUUUAUCCCGUUCAUCUCCCGCACGACAGAAGAGCAAAGCGAAACUUGCCGCACCUCGAACCGAAAAUGUCACCGCGCGUCCCGCCUCCUUCUUGGCGCCCGGAAAACGGCUGGCCAGCAGCGAUGGUGACGACCUGCCCGCCCCCGCCUCCGUACGGCACUGCCGUUCUGUCGACAGAUCAGCCCACACCUCCUUCAAGGGUUUGCAGUGCCGGGAAACUGACUUUCCCGAACCACCCCCGCUGCUAAUGGGAAACGAAGGGCCAGCCUCGCCUGCCGAGUUGGUGCUCCCUCCUGGGGAGUCGUGACUUGAUGAGGAUCCAGAGCUGGGGCUACUGAUGCUGCCCCCCGCAUCUGCGCUCCCUCCCGCGGAGCCGCUCUCUGACGAUCCAGCGCCGGUGCUCCCCCCCUCCUCUGCGCCACCGCCUCCUUUGGUACGGCGCUUAGAUAGCCUGCGUGUACUGACGAGUGGAACAAACAUCGGAAUGUGGAAGACGGCGCGUGCUGUUCUGCUUUUAUCUGUCGAGCAUGCGCGGGAUCAACACACAGCGGUAGCACAUCUGCCAAAGACACCGCCCAGUACUUGAUCGUCUCAGACAGUGAAUCUGAUGGCUCAACAGCAGUCGGCGCACACAGCAGGCGCCAAUGGUACGGUACAUAUAUAGAGCGGGAACUACUGAUACAGAAGAUGGGAUGCAAAGUAUGCUAAGGAUAUGGACAGGACGCAUCACGCCUUGGCUACUGCCGGCUCAGACUCUUGUGGCUCUGCUGCAGCUGCUGGUGCAGUCUUCUCCGUCGGAACAGGGGGAUUGGGACCGCCGUGCUGCUUGAUCAUGCGGGUCAGACUUUGCGUAUCCGCGCCCCGAACCUGAUUGACACGGUCAAGAAAUCGGCGGCAGCUGUCGGUGGAUCAAGCGCCUACCAUUGCAACCACAGCUUUGUCCUUGAUGGCGAAGAACGUCGGCAUAGCAGAGACUUGGCUAGAAAGAGACGAACAACUCAGAUGAUGUCCGGGAAAUUGACACGUGCACGGCGGCGUCACUCACAGGGCCUGGGCGAUCGCGGGUUGGUCGUCCACGUCCACUUCGACAAAUUGGACGUGCGGAUUCUGCGCGGCCAGUGCUUCGAAACGUGGUGCAAUCAUCUGCAGGAGGUGCAGGGGCGCGGUCGGCCAUCUUGGAUCGCAGAUGUACAAUAAACACGAACCUUGCAGGGGCCACACCACGCCGCCUUGAAAUCAACAAUCACGGUCUUUCCUGCGGCUUCGGCGGCUUCCAUGACCUGGUUCCACUGGGAAAUGGAUUCGAUAUCGACGGGAUGCGACAUGGCUGGUGUGAGGUAAAGGUGGGUGCGAGUGGAUGUGUGCUUGACGGCUGGACGCAGCGAGAGGCCAUUUAAAUAGCCUCGGUGUAGUCAGCAGUCAGAAGACGCCAGAACCUCGCCGCGAAUCCGUCAACGACGUGACCCAUGGUGAGGAUGAGAAAGCGCCGCACGUGCAAGCGCUGACCAAGCCUGUGGCGGUAAUAAGCAGCGGGCGGUGGGCCGGGGAUCUCACGACCGAGGUUUGAAUUCGACAUUUGCCGGCGGAACAGAGGGGCGUGACAUGCAGGCUGCACCUCCAGUUCGAUAAGAGUCGCAAGACCGGUCGAAAAUACGCCAUAGUGAGUGCAGAAUGACACCACUUGACUGUUUCGAAGUGCAAUUGACGCAGCAGAAGAUGAUCAUCACGUAGAUGGGGACAUAUGCGACUCGAUGUUAGAUAGGUCCUGACAGGCUUGAACAGGACUGCGCCGUCCAAGAAGAGUGGGCGUGAGAAGGCAUCCAUCAAUAUCUACCAUCGCAAGUGAUGUCAGCACUAUUACAACGCAACUCUGUCCAUGAUUUCCCUCGUCACCUCUACAGUCAUCGACAAACCUUCCUCCUCUAAUAUACUCUUGAAUCGCCGCUUCAACUUCUCCACGAUCGAAUUUACCCCAAGAGAUUCAGGAUGAGCCACUGCGAGAUCUGCCGGGCAGGAGAACUUCAAGAACGUGUGCCCGUCUAGAGUUGUUCCGUUGCACGCAAUGCACGAGUAGACGUCCAGCGGCACGCCCGCCAGAAACGCGCCGUGCAUCUCCACAGGAACGUAUGCUACGGGGUAUCCCAGCAGGAUCGCUGCAACGGGGAUGAUCGUCUGCGGGUCGAGAUCGUCGGUCCAACGAGGUGGUGUACUGGCGAGCAGCGCCUCAAUCGUGUCUUGGAUUUCGGGAGGGGGUUCGCGCACCAGGAGCGGGCUCUGCUGAAGCUGUAUGAACGCGACAUCGCUCAGCAAACCAUCGCAGAGGUGUCGCCGCAGCGUAUCGCAGUUCACGAAGAACGAUUGCUGUGAGCUGCUUUCAAAGACAUGCUCCACCGCGCGAAAUUCCGCGUGGCUCUUCACAUGUGCCGAUGAGCGGAGACGUGCAUAGCAGAGAAUGCGUGGUUGGCGUACUUUUCGGAGGUCUUCGAGAAGACCGGGGUACAAGGUUUCCGGAUCCCGAGCUGCGAUGGCAUCCACGAGAUAAGCCGGGC